AAAAAACUGUGACUACAUUUUAUAAAAUAAGGCUUUGAAACCAAACAUUUUUUGUAAUUAAUAUUAGGGGAACAACAUCCCCUACUUUUAUCCAGGAGAUUCUCACAUAAUUCUGAGAUAUGUAUUCUUAUUUUACAGUAAUAAAAGGGAGAGAUGUUAAGUGACCUACCUGAAUUAACACCACAAGUAAUUGGCAGAACUGUGAUUCAGCUCACAUCUGUCUAACCCCAAAGUGGAAUUUGAGUCUCAAGUGGGAUUUUGAGUUAGUCUGUGAGGGCAUAGGAUUGGGGUUCUGGAUUGUGAAUGAUUGAAUUAAACUGUGGAAGUAAUAAAGGAUAAUUGUUAUAAAUGGGAAAAUUAAGCUGUGAAAAACCUGUCUUUAACUCACCAUUUCCUUUUUAUCUUUGGUUAUCUGCAGAUAAAGAUCUACUCUAGACUGUAGAAUGCUUCUUUAUAAUGGAUUUCACCAUGACGAGCAAAAAUCAAAUUAAAGUAGAUCUUGUAGAUGAGAAUUUUACAGAAUUAAGAGGAGAAAUAGCAGGACCUCCAGACACACCAUAUGAAGGAGGAAGAUAUCAACUAGAGAUAAAAAUACCAGAAACAUACCCAUUUAAUCCCCCUAAGGUCCGGUUUAUCACUAAAAUAUGGCAUCCUAAUAUUAGUUCCGUCACAGGGGCUAUUUGUUUGGAUAUCCUGAAAGAUCAAUGGGCAGCAGCAAUGACUCUCCGCACGGUAUUAUUGUCAUUGCAAGCACUGUUAGCAGCUGCAGAACCAGAUGACCCUCAAGAUGCAGUAGUAGCAAAUCAGUACAAACAAAAUCCUGAAAUGUUCAAACAGACAGCCCGACUCUGGGCACAUGUGUAUGCUGGAGCACCAGUUUCUAGUCCAGAAUACACCAAAAAAAUAGAAAAUCUAUGUGCUAUGGGCUUUGAUAGGAAUGCGGUAAUAGUGGCCUUGUCUUCAAAAUCAUGGGAUGUAGAGACUGCAACAGAAUUGCUUCUGAGUAACUGAGGCAUAGUGAGAGAGCUGCUGAUAUAGUCAAGCUUGCCCUUCUUGAGGAGCAUCAACAUCUGUUAUUUUUAGGAUUCUGCAUAGAUUUCUUUUAAACUGGCAUUCUUGCCUAAUGUUGUUAUCUAGGCACCAUUGGAGACUGAAAAAAAAGAAAAUCCCUGCUCUGUAAAUAAAGCUAAUUAAACGUCUGUGUAAAUUUAAAAAGGGGAAAUACUUUAAUUUUUUUCUUAAUAGUGUAAAAAUUCUUUGAGCUAAGCGAAACCAUGGAAAAAACAUGCUACUUUAGUGUUUAGCAGUGUACCAAGACUAGCAAGAGUUUGCUUCAGGAUUUUGUUGAAUAAUUAAGAUAAUACUUUGAGUGUGUCAGGACCAUUCAAAUUGUUGGUGUUGCAUCACAGCUACCUUAACUGUUUUUAACAUGGAUCCUCUGUGCCUGUGAAUUUACUUGCAUGCUUGUACUUGACUUCUUAGAAUGGGUAGCUGAAAAGACCACCAUAUUAAGCAUUUGAGAAUUCUUAAGUAUGAGAUUUAUCCAGAAUUGAAGAUGGUGACCUAUUCAGAGCCUUUUUGUCCUAGUCAGCAACUUGGGACACCAUAUUUAUUUUCCCCCUCUUACACACACAGCUAAGCUAAAUACUCUAAUAGUAAAUUCUUUGGGAAAUGUGCCGAGGGGCAGUAUCCCUUGCUCCAUUUUUAGGUCAUCCUUGUGGAAUGUUUUGUCACAAUUCUUUACUCUUAAAAACGUUCCUAUGUUAACUAGUAGUGUAGAAAUGGAGCUGCCAAUUUUGUUUCUCUUGCAAAACUGGUAAAUACUUGAUGUUGUAAUAUUCCCGAGAUUUAAUGAAAGAACCCAACUAAGUUUUUUCAAGUGAAUUUGACGUCUUUCUACUUUUAAGCUGAUGAAAUUUUUCUUUGAGAACUUGAAAGGAUGAAAUCAACUGUUUUUUGUUUUUUAGCCUAAUUUUGGCUUUAUAGAGAUUGCUUUUUUAGAUACUUUAAAAGUCACUCUUGCUUACAUUUCCCCCUAUUUACACAUGAAAGCUGUGUUGGUGUUUUACUGUACAUACUUCAGAUGCACAUAGGAAUAGAAGUGUGUUAUAAAUCUAGCUUUCUUUAUGAUGUUUCUGAUAAUAUGAAAAUUGAAAACUUUACCUUGUACAUAGUCAGACUUCCUAUUCGUAUAAAAGUUACAUUUUGUUCUAAGUUCUAAAGUUUCAAAAUUAUUAGUUUUGCAGCUCAAACACUAACGUGACCAUUUUGUGAAGGUAGAAAUGGAUUUAUGCAGGCAAUUCUAUACAUAGAAACACAGUGCUUAUUAAAUAUCCAGGACCAAUGCAAAUAAUAAAAAUGUAAUAGAACCAGAAUGAAUUAAAGUAAGGCUGUAUAUUGAAAGUCCUAUUAUAAAAGGUUUGCUUUUUUCAAGUGUUAUUUAUCCUAAAUUAUAAUUGUUAAGUGUUUGGGAAACAAUUUUGAACCAUAAAUCUAGCAUAAUUUCAUUUGACUUCUCAAUAAUCUUAGAAGCAAUAAAAGAAACCAUUGUUAAAUAUAUUGUAAUGUUAAAGAUGUGAUGGUUCUUCCAAAAACUUGUAAGGCUUUCCUAAUCAAUAGUAAACUCUUGUAGUUGAUAUUAUUGCAUACUAAACACAA